ACACCACCAAAGAGCAUAAACACGAGCGAGAGAGUGUUCAAAGAGCUCCGGUUUUUGCACAAAACCGUCGAGCACCCAAGAGGAGAUGUUUUAUCAUGGAGGCAACCGAUUGAUGGUCUAUCGUGCGCAACAAACGCAGUGUCGGGAACGUCUUAAAGAAAGCGAUUUAGUUCGCGAUUUAACUCCAUAUUCGUAAUCGUUCUUUUUGUUGUGUUAUUUCUAACAGGUCAUCCCUUGUCUGGUUAAUGAUUAGCAAUUUUUUUAGUAAAUGCAUUAUGGCUUAACAAAACUAACUCAAUCCAGAAUCAACCGCCCAGAAAAACCGACCAAACUAAUCGCCCUUGAUAGGGUGGGGUGCAUGGAGUAAUAAACUAGUGUGCCAAAGAGGGUGUUUAAAGAACUCCGGUUUUCGCACAAAAUCGCAGAGCACCCAAGAGGAGUUGUUUUAUCCUGGAGGCGACCGGUUGAUAUUAUGUCGUGCACAACGAAGGCAAUACCGCAAACGUCUUAAAGAAAGCGACCUAGUUCUCGACUUAGCUCCAUAUUCGCAUUCGGCAACAGUUCUUUUUGUUGUUCCAUUUUUAACAGGUCAUCCCUUAACUUAUUAAUGAUUAUCAAUUUAUUUUUAGUAAAUGCACUAUGGCUUAACAACAUUAACUCAAUCCCAAAUCAUUCCGCCCAGAAAAACUGACCAAAACUAAUCGCCCUGGAUAGUGUGGGGUGCAUGGAGUGAGAAACUAGUGGGUUUUCGAUGGGUUAUGGUCUUAUGGAAUUGAAUAUUUUCAUUUUAGUGGGUAUGGGUUUGAUAUUGUCAUCGUCGAUUUGAAUGGUUAAAAAUUAAAAUGGUUUCAAUUUCAAAUCCGACUCACUCAACCAACGUAAGCCUCCUCCAUAGUCUAUACUAAUACAAGGAUGUGUAAUGGUUCGGUCUCAUACCAGACCAUUUAAGGACAUGCCCCUUGGGGUGAUUCACUUUUAUGGGAGAAAGAGGACCUAACGGAUCACCACACACAGGAGUGCACGCGUCGUCCACCCGAGUGGGUUGGUCGACGAGGGAGUAACUUAUAUUUUUUAUAUAAAUUCCAAAUUAAUUUUUUUUUAUCCUUAACCGAUGCGAAGAUAAUUAACUCAAUAGAAUAUUCGAGAGAUAAUUCGGCCAAGAAUUAUCUUACCAGCGUGGUUUAAUUAAAGAUGUGAUUAUCUUCCAAUUAACACGACUUAUUACCCAAGUCAGAGGUAUAUUCUUCGAGGUUUCAGCUCCUAUAAAUAAUCGUCUCCCAAAGAGCAGAAACACGAGCGCGAGAGUGUUCAAAGAGUUUCAGUUUUCGCACAAAAUCGCCGAGCGCCCAAGAGGAGCUAUUUUAUAUUAGAGGCGAUCGAUUGAUAGUUUUUCGUGCGCAACGAAGGCAGUGCCGCGAACGUCUUAAAGAAAGUGAUCUAGCCCGCGACUUGGCUCCAGAUUCAGUAACCGUUCUUUUUGGUGUUCCGUUUCUAACAGGUCAUCCCUUGCCUGAUUAAUGAUUAGCGAUUUUUUUAGUAAAUGCAUUAUGGCUUAACAAAACUAACUCAAACUCGAAUCAACCCGCCCAAAAAGCCGACCAAAACUAAUCGCCCUUGAUAGUGUGGGGUGCAUGAAGUGAGAAACUAGUGGGUUUUGUAUUGGUUAUGGAUUUUAAUAUUUUCAUUUUAGUGGGCAUGGGUUUGAUAUUGUCAUCACCGAUUUGAAUGGUUAAAAAUUAAAAUGGUUUCAAUUUCGAACCUGACUCACUCAACCCAUGUAAGCCUCCUCUAUAGUCUAUACAAGGGAUGUGCAAUGGUCCGGUCUCAUACUGGACAUCACUAUACCAAACCGGUGUUUGGACUUGAUAGUAUCGAAUCGAGCAUAAUACGAUCUGAUCUUUGGUCCUAUGAAUUUGAUAAUUACUUAAGAAAAUAUGGACCGAAUUAAUAAUUGGACCUAACCAAAUGGACCGAAUGCAAAGAUGGUCCGAUCUUUAGUUCUAAUAUAUCUUUCACAAAUGAACCACGGUUCUAUCACCGGACCAAACCGUUGCACACUCCUAUUCUAUACACACCGAAAUUGAUUAUUUGCCAGCAUUACCGGGCCAAACAAGCUCGAUGAAUUAUACGAGUCCACAAUUCCUACUAUCUAUACCCCAAAAGGAGAUACUGGGCCAAAGCGGAUUAAGCCCACGAAGUUAUUAACUCGGCGGAGAAAAAACCCUAACCUAGUUAUAAGAUUCCCAAUUCGUCGUCGCCCUCUUCUUCCAUCGUUAGCAGAAAGAGGAGCGAGAAGCCGCCACUCCAAGCCAUCUGCAUCCUGCGCGCCGACCUAACGAAGGUGAAGCUCUUCAGAAUAUAACUACUUCUUGAUCCACUGCAUUUUGGUGCUGUAUUUGGAACAAGUUUCUUCACAAAAAAAAAAAAAAAUUACGCUGGUUUCAUGCUGAAUGUGAUUUUGAUAACAGUUCUUGUUCUUGGUGUCGCCUGACGACAGGCUAAGGACCAAAAUGGCGACAUAUGCUGCGAUUAAGCCUGCAAAGGCUGGGAUUGAGGAGCCACAAGAGCAAACUCACAAGAUCAGGAUCACUCUUUCCUCCAAGAACGUGAAGAACCUCGAGAAAGUUUGCGGUGAUUUGAUUCGUGGUGCCAAGGACAAGAGGUUGAGAGUUAAGGGUCCAGUGAGAAUGCCCACCAAGACUCUUCUUAUUACUACCAGGAAGUCUCCUUGUGGUGAAGGAACCAACACCUUUGACAGAUUUGAGCUCCGUGUUCACAAGCGCAUCAUUGACCUGUUCAGCUCCCCUGAGGUGGUGAAGCAGAUUACCUCCAUCACCAUCGAGCCAGGUGUUGAGGUGGAAGUCACAAUCGCUGAUGCUUGAGGGUGUCCUCCGUUUGGCUGUCAUGGAUCCUUUGUUUUGGCUUCUACAGUAGUUUAUUCUAGUACCGGUCAGUCCGAGUUGGGAGGUUGUGGAUGUUUACAUGUUAUUGAAUCGUAUGUUCCAGUCAAUACUGCUUAGAGGCUAUUGUAGUACGAGCUGUGUACCUGCUGUUGUUUUUCAUUUCGAGAGAUUCUGUUAAUGCAGAAAAGAGAAUUUUGCUUCACAAGUUAUCUGUUGCUUUAGUUGAAUGUUGAAUCUGCACGAGGAGAAUGGAGGCAUGUACUGCGUCGAUGAUUUUUGCUGUCUUGAACAGCGAAAGAUGCUCCAAGUUUAGAACCUUACGCUUGCAAGGUGGAGACUUUUAAUUAGGUGUUUGGUUCAGAUUGGAAAUGCUCUAUUCAUAUGACCAGAUCUCAGUUACGUUAUUAUUUCUACUCAUUUCAUAGAUAGCUAGUGAAACCUCUAUUGAGUCGGUAUUUAGGCCUGGGAAAUCGGAUUUCAUUGUUCUUUUUCCGUAACCCAAAGCUGAACCAAUAAUGUGCUCUUAUUGCUCGCCAAGUUCUAAGGCUGACUCCAAUGCUGCCCCCAUAAAAUGGGGGAGCCUUUAUAAAUGGGGGAGGAAGCUCUCCAAUGCAGCCUGCAAAAAAGUAAUAAACCGCAUUAAUGGGGGUGGCCUCCAUUUGGGUCUCCAAAUAUGGAGGAGGAAAUGGAGGAGGCUGCAUUUAUGGGGGUUGAUGGGGAGCAGAAAAGUGACGGGGCGGGCUCUCCCGUGCGCGUGCGCCGCACCGCCCGUUCCUGGCGGUUGUUCCGCCCUUUUUUUUUUCAUUAAGUGUUUAAUGUUUGUAUUAAUUAAGUGAAGGUUAGUGUAUUAAUGUUUGUAUUAAUUAAGUGAAGGUUGUCUAUUUAAUUUGUGUUUAAUAGUUUGGUUAAUUUAUUUUAUUUCCUAAGAUGACUUAAAUUGAAUUCAUUUUAUUUAAAAUUAUGCUUAUUAUCUAGAAGUUGUGUACACAAAAAUAAUUCGAACUAAGAAUGGAAAAUAUAUUAUUGAAUUGAAAAUACGUUCUUGCAUUACAAAUCAAAUUGUCACCAACUACAACUUUAAAUUGAAUUACAAAGCAUCCCAACAUCAAUACCAAGCAACAACAAUAACUAAUUAUUUCCAUGCAAGUUCCAAAUAUGCUCGAUCAAGUCCUGACGAAGCCCAUGAUGUGUUGGUGCAGCACGAAGCCUAUUAUUCCUAGCCAAGUACUCAGUUAGAGUUGGAAUAUCUCUAUUGACAUUAGUUGGUUGUUGGUCGUGGACCUCAUAAUCAAGACUAUCUUCCAUCUCAUCGUCAGAAUCAACUUGCUCAUCCUCUAUUAUCAUGUUGUGCAAUAUAAUGCAUGUCAACAUUAUAUCAUUAAUUGUGGCAACAUCCCAAGAUCUCGCAGGGCCACGAACGAUUGCCCAUCUAGCUUGAAGAAUUCCAAAGGCCCGCUCUACGUCUUUUCGAUGUGCUUCUUGACAUCGAGCAAACAAGUCUUCUUUGUUUGAGCUUGUGUGUUAUUUUUAAGUUUUAUCAUUAGCAAGUGUUGCGUGUAACCUCUAAGUUGUAUCAUUUAAAUUAUUAUGUGAACUCCUUUAGCUUUAUCAUUUUCAAGUGUUGUGUGUAAACCAAAAUUAGGUCCAUAAUUUUUUCGCCAAAAAAAUUCGGUCUCGAAAUUUGAAAAAAUUCUAUCGGAAAAU